GCUAUGAGAAGCGGUCGAAAAUUCCGAUCUAUCCGUCAGGUGCGCUGCUCGGGAUGGUUCCGGAUGUGUCUGUGAUGGGCGCGAGGAGGAUAGACUGUGGCGUUGGUACGAUGCCGUGGAUCCUUGGAGUGGUUCUUUAGGUCGGUUACUCAGGACAAUUUUGAUCCUUCGGAACGACGAUAGUGUUGAGUUGCUCUGGCUUCUCGUGAGGAGUGUGCUGUGUGCAGCACCGCAGCAACCAUGGGGACCGUACUCAGCUUCUCCCCUAGGGAGAGGAAGCCCACUUAUGGGGAGUACAACCUGAAUAACUAUAAUUAUGAGCAACUAAAUAAUGCAAAAAAUAAGGACAAAAGCGGAGGAACGGAGAAGAGUAACGCUAAUAAUAACAACCAGAAUCACCAUCACAGCGCCCACCAUCACAAUUUCAAGAAACAUUCGUUGUUCAUCAAUGCCCUUAGUUGGAAGCACUUCACUGUGUCCAGCAAGAAAAAACAGGAGAAAAGUAAGAAUAUCCGACAACCCUUGGACAGUAUCCAUUCCAUCGUUGAUAAUAAUAAGAACAUUCAGAACUCUCUUUCCUGCUUCAAUGUCAAACCAGGGCUCGGGCAACUGGAUGUGGUAGUCCGGAACAACAACAAUCUUGACAAUGCUAACAAACUGAAACCUGCACCCCCUCCACUGCCACCAAAGCCUGCCAUCCUAACUGCUCACAAUCUGGUCAGGCCAUCAAAUCAUGGCGCCAUCGGGCCUUUGGCUUUCACGUCCAGUUGCGGGGCCGGAUUGUCCAACAAAGCAGUCCUCAGCAACAGCGCGUCCGUACCAUCGGCAAGUGUCAAUGCCAACAAUGUCGCGCCAAGCCCCCACAAGAAGACAGUCAUCCAAGCAUCCACUUCGGAACUGCUGCGAUGUCUUGGGGAGUUCCUGAACAGGCGCUGCAGGAAGCUGAAAGAUUUCCACCCAACAGAUGCAGUGAUGUGGUUGCGAACUGUGGACAGAAGCCUUUUGAUGCAAGGAUGGCAAGACAUCGCUUUCAUCAACCCGGCCAAUGUCGUCUUCUUGUACAUGCUAGUGAGAGACCUGGUUGGAGAGGAUAUUGAAACGGAGCGUGAGCUUCAAGCUGUGGUCCUGACGUGUCUCUACUUAAGCUACUCUUACAUGGGCAACGAAAUCUCGUACCCCUUGAAACCAUUCCUUGUUGAGGAUUCCAAGGAGAAAUUCUGGGAUCGAUGUCUUCUCAUCAUCAAUCUCCUGAGCGGGAAGAUGCUACGAAUCAACAGUGAGCCGAGUUUUUUCACCGAAGUUUUCACCGAGUUGAAAGGUUGUUGUUCUAUGACUGCGUAGCGAUGACGUAGAACUAGUCAAUAUUUUUCAUGUUAAUACGAAUAUAACGAAUUGCACUGGGAAACGGACAGUGAUAAUAACUUCAUCUUAAUCUAAAUAUUUAUGUCAUCGUCAAUCAUGACCUGAAAUGGAGACUAAGUGACGAAGGAUAAAUUUAAUUUCGAUUGAAUCAGGUAAAUAGUUGAAAUCAUUUAAAAUUAAGUUUAAACAUUAAUCCUAUCUGCAAAUAUUAAAAAUUUUAUAGAAAGAUUUUUUUUAAUGCACUGAACUGUUGAUUUGAUAAAACUGUGACAGUUGCAGUGUUACUUCCUAAAUAUAUUUUCCUUUGUUUAAUAUCGAAUCUAUGGUACUUCCCUGUUCUAAUUAAGCCUAAAACUUUUAAAUGAAAUCUAAACUCUUAUUAGGAAAAGCGCUAACUUUGAGAUUUUGAAGCAGUUUGUAUAUCCGUAAACACAGAUGUAAGUUUUGUAAUCAAAAAUUAUUUGAAAUGCUGAUUAACUUUAUAAUAGUUUUCUUAGAAUAUAAACGAAUUUUCAAAGUUAUAAAAGAAUUUUAGCUUAAAAAUUGCAGGCCUGCGAAAUUAUUUGGUAUUUAAUAGUUUAAUCGUACAUUUAAUAAUUCUGAUGUAAGAUAUAGUCACAUAAAAUUAAGCUGAUUAGUCUGGCGGAAAACUUAAACAUGAAGUAGAAAAUAUUUUGGUACUGAACAGAUCUUCCAUUAGCAGGUAACUGAAGAAAUAAAUGCUUUUUGUUAAAAUACUGAAAACGUUGAGAGAAAAAAUCCUGCAGACAGUAAGGUAUAAUAUUUAUUGAUUUGGAUAGCUUCGAACUGUAUUUAGACAUUUGGUUUUUUUUAACCAGAAACGGAAGUACAGCAAUGGCGGCUGGUAUUGAUUUUCUGGAAGAGACGCGUGGUAAUCUACACCAUAUUAGAUGUUUCUUUUCCUACUGUGCUACUUUUGAGCUUCUAAGAACUGCUGCUGUGUAAGCACCAGCAAAUUUUCGACAACCUUUUGCAGGAAAUGGAGUAACGAUUCGAAUAGUCAGUUUAACUAAUUAAGGUUUCAAACCACUUGAAGCAUAAUAGGAAAAAUUUAACAUAAUCCAAUAUAUAUUAGAUGUCAAGCAAUCCUAGAGCAAAAUAUAAUCGCAAAAUUCUUCGAUUAGAUUAAGAUCCAAUGAGUUUUGUAAACUAUAUUUUUAUUUAUUGGCCGCGUACUAACAUAUCUAAUAGUUUUAAAUGCUAAUUCUCUAAUUCUAAAUUUUGUUACUAUUUCCCUCGUAAAUCUGCUCAUUUAUAAUUAUCUCACAUUAGUGUAUUUCUUUUAGCAUUAAUAUAUGACCAUACUGGCUGCUUUAAGCUGUGGGUUCGUUUUAAUUAAAUUAGUAUUUAUUAUCUAUCAAGGCUUAAAAUUGAUAUAUCUAGAAUCGCACAAGGUUUUAUAUUAUAUACCUCAAAUAUAUUAUACAAUACAUAUAUAUAUUUGUUAAUGAAAGAUGUUUUAUUAAGUAAUAUCAGACAUCAAUGGCAUAAAUAUAAUUUAAAACUAAAUAUUAAACACGUUCAGACUGUGUACAAGUAUAAAAGCAGAGAGCAAAGUUGUUUGCAUAACAUUAUAUUAGCUUUUUAGAUACAUCUCCUAGUUAAGAAGUAUCAUUUGAAGUUGAGGUGAUAAAAAAUAAAAAAAGAACAGAAACUUUUUGUUAAGGUAUAAAUAAAACUAAAAAUUAAUGUAUAUAUAUAUAGAGAGAGAAAGAAGUUAAUACAGAUAUGUGAAAGGUAUGAAAACUUUCAAAAUCUCUUCAGAUUCAAUUAAAAUCGUAAUCAAAAUUGUGCGUGAUACUUGAACUACAUGGAAUGUGUCUAAACAUUCUGCAUAAAGAAAUUGAAAUUGCUUUCUGAGGAAAAUCUUGCAGUAAAAAAGAAAAGAAAAUUCAAAAUAAUACAUUUAUUUAUAUUGCCAAAAACCAUUUUUAUAAAAAUAUUUCAAUGUCCAGUAUAGCUCCUUAAAAUCAAACUUCGUAAGGCUAUUAAAUAAUUAUAAACAAAAGGCUAACGCCAUCCUUCAAAUCUUAAACGCAAAGUAAAAUAUCCACAUUUGAUCAACUGAAGUUGAUAUUAAAAGUUCAUUGAAUAAAUAAGAACUCAUUAAUAUUCAUAAAAUUAAUGAUGAUAAUUAAAAAAGAAAAAUUGAAGAAAUGUUUGAUACAUACCGGAAAGCAAACUGUUAUCCUUUGUAAUUACUUAUUUUUUGCUGUAUAAAAUAUGUUAAAUUAUUCAAACAGCAUCAAUCAUAAAUAAGGAAUUAAUUGUGAAUCAAUAACAGAUUAGAUAUCAAUUGAAAAAUAUAUUAAUUUUUAGAAUAUUAAAUAAUAUAAAUUUUGUGUAGAAAUGUAUAAGCAAAAUAUUAAUUUCUAGAUAAUACAUUCUUAUUAAUCGCUAAUACCGCUAGACUAUUUAUUAUUCACGACAAAAUUAAAUACUAAUUUAAUGAAAAUACGCAGAUCUAAUUAAUUUAAAAUGAAUACGCAGAUCUGUCUAAGGUUUCUAAAGUUUUCCAAUCAAUAAGAUAAAGUUUAGGAUUAAUUCAACUAUAAAUAUUACUUAAUUGCAUGUAAAAACAGCAUUUAUUUGGGUGUAAUGUUACUCCUAAGUUUUAAAAAUGUAAAAUAUUUUUCUUUUCAAGGUCUCAUACAUAUUUUAAUUAAUGAAAUACUGGGAAUCAACUGGUUUCAACUGGUUUUAAGACACCCAUUAAAACAUUUAUCAUAUUUGAUCAUUAAAACAAAUCCUAAAAAGGAAAUAUAAACACUUACUUUUUUAAUUUCAUAUUACAUGAAGAUUAAUUACUUAAAUUUAAAUUAAGCUCUUUAAUCAAUAGUUUGAGACCAAACUCAGCUGGAGAACUUGCAUAGCGGUUGUUUGAUCAGAAAUAAACCUACGCCUAUGUGAAUGUUUCUCUGCGAUAGAGCUUCCAAAGCAGGAAAACUGCUUUUAAAGGUAAAUAAAUUCUGAAAAUGGUUAAAUAAGGAAGAAUUGGCGGUAGUUUCUUACAAUACUUAGUACAACACUUAACACUACAACGAUAGAGAAAUACAAUACUUAGGAAAUACAUAAAAUUAGGAACUGAGAAAAAAUCAGCUGCUAAAUUAUUAUUGAUAGGCUAUACGAAAUAACAAAAAAUUAACAUUUUGAAAUCCUAAUAUCACAGCAUAUUGAGAAAUGCUGGUAAAUAGUUACAAGGCAUCUUGGUAAGAUUAAAAACAAAGCUUUGGUAUGUUUUUCUAAUAGAUACAAAAGGUGACUGGAAAGAAAAGUGUAUCAUUCUUUAAUUCGGUAAUGGGAAUUUUGGAAUUUCCGGUGAUAUGUGUGAGGCGUUCUUCUAUUCUGAGCUAACAUCUUGAUCUAAUAUAUUUCAGUAUUUCAAGGCAUACAGUAGCUUUUAGUAUAUGUUAUUAGACAGCAGAAGGCACUGUGUAAUUCUCUUUCAAAUCGAGUAAAGCCAAAACAGAAAUCUACAAAAUAUUUACCACCAGGUUAAGGAAUUGUACUAUCGCCUGUAGUUUGGAUGGAGGACUUCUCCAAUUUUUUAAAAUUAUCCAUAUUUUUAUAUGAAAGUUGUAAACCUUGUACUGUAUCAUAGGCGUAUUACUUUUAAGACCAUGCACAUUUCUACAAAUAGUUUACAUAGUCAGAUAUCUGUGAAUAUUCACCAAUAUUUUCGGUCACUCUUAAAUAUAAACUUGCAAAAAUUUGAAACUGAAUUUAACCUUUUGUCAUUGUAAUAUAGUAAAUUUUUAUAACGUAUUUAAGUUUGAAUGAAAUAUACACAUAUUUAUGCUCCACACUUAAUCAUCUCAUCCUUAUUUAUUUGUACGUAAGUGAAAAACAUUAACGGGUUACUAAAAUUAUGUAUAUUUAUUUUAUCAUUACUAACGCAGACAUGAUACUGAUUUUAAAAGCAAAGCAAAUAUAGAGAGAAAUACUGUAAAUUAAUACCGCGAAUUAGAAUAACUCCAAUUUUUAUUUAAGUACAUUUAAAAAGUAAACUUUCUUAUAUUACAGCCACUGUUAAUUGCAUAAAUAUACAUUUUGAUAGCAUAAAAAUAUUCCACAAUUCCCCAAAAUAUUUUAAUACAGAAAUUUGCCAACGAUGGUGACGUAAUAUUUUUGGCUGUCAAAACUUUUUUGAGAUUUCAUAUGGCUUUGUAAAGCUAAUUCAGCAGCUAAUUUUCCCAUUCUUAAUAGAAGCGUUAAUGAUUACAAAUUAUACGUUAAUGAUUACAAAAGUUUUAGGAAAUUAUGUAAUUUGUCACCUAAAAAUGUUUCCUUACAGGUACAUCGUUUUUCGAGGUUGAAACGUUACUCUAAAGCAAUAAUUCCUUACUUUCAUGGCAUAAUUCACUGCAUUAGAUUCAGAUUAUAAUAAGCUAAGGAAUAAUAUAAAUAGCAAUUAAAUUAAUUUUGUCAGUAUCUCUAUGAAAACAAAUUAAUAUGUAUUUAUUAAUGCUUACAUAAUAAUUAUUGUUUUACAAUUUAAAUAGUUAGUUGAAACAUCAAUCAAAAUUAAAUCGUCUCCCAUGACCUUCUCAUUCAGUCUUUCAAUUCUUUCAGUUAGCUUAUAACUAUUUUGAUCUUCUAAACUUUAGAAGCUAGUCAUCAUUUUGUAGCACUGAUACUGAUUAUAUGAGAUCAGAAAGACUCAGUACAGUAAACGAUGUAUAUAUAACAAGCUAAUACAUUUAGAAUGUGUCUAAGUAGUAUUUAAAUGUAUUGCUUAGACAUCCUGGAAUACUGCGGCAAGUUACCUAAAGUUUAAGGAGAAUAAUAAGUCUUUAACAUGAGACAAAGAAAUUUAUAAAAUAUAAUUUUUAUCAGAUUGCACUAAAGUUUGAUUUAUACAUCAGACUAGGCUCUGAGUGAAUCCUCUUUCACAUCGUUGAAUCUUUCAAUGUAAAGGAAGGAGAUUCAUCGCAUUGGAUAACUAGAAAUAAUUUCAAUCUCAGCUCCAAAAUUCUAGGGAGUUUAAAAAAUCUAAAAACAGAACAUUCUAAAGCCUAUGACUAUUGUGGAAAACGUUUAAUAGAUUAGAUGUACGAGUAGAAUUAAAUAUAUCUAGGUAAAGAGAUAAAAGUGUACUGUUCAUGGAAACAUUUUUAGGAAGAAAAAAGAUUAAGAUUUAAAUCUGUGUGUCAGGUGUUGUUCUGAGACUUAUUUUCUAAACCUUAAAUAUUCCAAAGUGAAUUUUCUGAACUGAAAUCUAAUCUAGAACAUGUCGGAUAAUACAUAAGAAUGUUAAAUAUAGGAAAUAUCUGAAAUUUGUAGAGUUAUUCAGGUUUAGAUAUAAAUGACUAUAGUUACCCUAUCAAGUCAUCAAAUGGGCCAGAUCUGUUCGUCCUUUAAUAUUUUUAAAACAAAAUCGUUAGGAAAAUACUGCGUAAAAUUGAAGUCAAUGUAUGCAAACUGUAUAUGAGUGCGGGGAGGAUAUUACAGAACUAGGUAAUAUAAGCAGGCUAAAUCAAAUGAAGCCUUAAUUUAGCUCAAAGUCGACGUAAACUAAAUUAUUUUAAAAUGAAUGACCAAUGCUGGGAACGUUAAGACGCAAUAUUUUCUUAAAUUAAUAAUUUCAGAAAUCCGCUUUUUAAAAUUAAUUAUUAUAAAUUUGUACAUUUAUGGAAAUUUUCGAAUUUUCGGGUUUAAAAAAUCCAA